GGAGGAAGAAGAUGAGGAAAUGAUGGAGGCAAAACAAGGCCUGAGUUGGAGCAGCAGGAUGAAGAUGAAAACAGGGAAGCAAAGACGGCUCGUUUCCUAUGCUGAGGGAGCUGACAGAGGAGGAGAGGCAGCAGAUCCUGCACUCCUCCGAGUUUCAGAACUUCUUCGACUGCAGCAUCAGGGUGAUGGAGAGAGCUCUGGCUGAAGACGGAAACAUCUUCUUUGACUACAGCGGCAGAGACCUGGAGGACAAAGAGGGAGACUUGGGUAGCGGCUCCAGCCUCUCCUUCAGCAGACUCUUCUAUGAUGAACACUGGUCAAAACAUCGUGUGAUCACCUGCCUCGACUGGUCCCUUCAGUAUCCCGAGUUGCUGGUUGCCUCUUACAACAAUAAUGAAGAUGCUCCACAUGAACCAGAUGGUGUUGCCCUCGUAUGGAACAUCAAAUUUAAGAAAGCCACGCCAGAGUACAUCUUUCACUGUCAG